AUGUCCACUCUUUACUAUUCUCAAGAGCAAACUCCCAGGCCCCACGACAUCCAUCACGUAAUAACCGGCCACGAUCCGCAUAUGCUGAUAAUAGGGCAUCACAAGACGGAACCAACCAGCCUGGUCUGGGAAAUCCCAAUCAACAGUUUUUCAAUCGUCAUCUUCGGACGGGAUAUCGCCAUAGCCGUCCCCGUGAAUCCACCGUUGCCCGAGCAGACCGACGUUGACGUGUUCUACAACUUCAGCAAACAUAUGUGGGCCAUUGUACAACUCCUUACCCACGAGAUGGUGACAUAUUUCCCCCUCGGGGUGCCAGUGACGAUGUUUGUGAUAUGCCGCUGGCACCCUCCAUUUAUGCAAAACUAUCUCGCAGAGGUUCGCACACGCCUCCGGGGUACCAUUACUUUGAAGGCAAUCCAGUGGCUAGAUAUUCCAAUAUCUUCCUCCGGCAUUACAGGAACAACAAGGGUGCUUGUGAGCCAGAGCAAUGGCAGGCCGACUCUCCGUAUCGCUGAGGAUGGCUGGCGAAUCACCGUCCACCCGGUCCCGGGAUAUAUGCCGUCGGUUUGGGAGGGCGAACCACGAUAUUUUCCUGAACCUGUGGUGCGGCUUCCUUCAGUAGAUACAAUAGCUGCGAAGUACGACGAUCGAUACCAGCGGUCUAGCCAGCGCAACAUACACCCCGUGGUGGCGAAUAUAGCGAGCCAGGUCUCGGCUACGGCCACCCAUGCCGGCAUUGCAAUGCCAGCCAAUACGCCUAAUGCUUCUUCGCCUCGGACCUUCAUCGCUGGUUCAACUAUUCCCGUGUCUUCGGCCGGGCCCUCCAGUUGGCAGCGUCAACCUGCGCCUGCGUUCCAGCGGAACUGA